GUCGCAAGGGGUAAACUUUAAAUGCCAAAUUUCCAUUGACUUUUCGUAUCCCCCAAGCAGGUUUUUGACCUCAGUGGCGAAUUCAAGGACGGAUAUGGUUAUGAAGAGGACGUCAGAAUCUCAAGGGACCUAGUCAGUUCUUGACUGGAAAUUAGAAUUUAAUGUACCGGGCUGGACGAGACGGAAGGCAUGUGGCAACUGGCAUGCGCCGCACGAACCGUCGCACUUCCGCCAGGGCAGGACACAGACACGGGGUAUCCGGGCGAUCUGAACUCUUCAUCCCAUCUUUAAACAACCAAGUUGGAGUUGGAUCAGUUGGAACUGAGACGUGUCGGUGUAAGGUGUGGCUACGCGGGAGACUCGGGAGUGUGGGAGAGGUUUCCUGCCGGCCGGCGCGUAUCGCUUGCAGAUUCGCAGAUUCUCAUGCACUGGUCUCGUGGGGUCGAAUUGUGACCAUGUAAGCGAGUUGACGGCGCGACGAUGGCGUGUCGGCACCGCGUUAUCCCGCGGGCCCGGCUGUGGU